UCUUGCGUGACACAUCAUGGCUCAGCAGAAUCAGGGCAUCUCCAGCCUGGGCGGUUCCUUCCCUCUGAGCACGCCAUGACGCCUACUUCUACUUCCGUGCAGAGCGGGCAUCCUCCCUCAAUCCUCCACGAAACAACACCACUUCUCAACCCGCGCACAACUCCUCCUCCACGAUAGAGACCCGCCUCUCGGCCUUUGCACAACUCCUCCUCCACGACAACGACCCGCCUCUCAGCCUUUGCACGACUCCUCCUCCACGACAACGACCCGCCUCUCAGCUGCGUCCAGUCCGCACACAUCGUCACCAUGCGCAACGAUCUCCUUGAAGCCGUAGAGACCGCGGAAGCAUCCGUGAUAUCCAAUCGGAAGAUACACGAGCGAUAUGCCGCCCUCUCCAAGACCUUCGAAAAGCUGGAAAAGGACUCACAACACAUCAUCGAGGUGCAGAAGGAAACUAUCGCCGCCUUGAGAGCCCUCCGAGGCCGGGACAAACAACGCAUCGCGGAAUUGGAAGGAGUGCUGGAUACGGUCCAUGCGAGCCUCGUCGCAGCGCCGCACUCUACCGAGUUGGAUGGAGGGCUGGACAAACAAAAUUUGGCAGCUGCAAGCGCGCGCAUCGCGAAGUUGGAAGGAGUGCUGGAUAUGGUCCAUGCGAGCCUCGUCGCCGCGCCGCAUUCUACCGAGUUGGAGGGAGGGCUGGACAAACAAAACUUGGGAGCUGCAAGCGCGCGCAUCGCGAAGUUGGAAGGAGUGCUGGAUAUGGUCCAUGCGAGCCUCGUCGCCGCGCCGCACUCUGCCGAGUUGCAGGGAGGGCUGGAUCCCACACGUAAGAGCCUCGCAACUACGCCGCUCUUCUCACCACCGUCGAACAACUCCCAUCACAACCCGCUCGAGGAAAACGACACACCUGUGACGGCUUGA